GGCAGAGGGAGGGGCCGGGGGCCGGGGAGGUUUUGAGGGAGGUCUUUGGCUUUUUUUGGCGGAGCUGGGGCGCCCUCCGGAAGCGUUUCCAACUUUCCAGAAGUUUCUCGGGACGGGCAGGAGGGGGUGGGGACUGCCAUAUAUAGAUCCCGGGAGCAAGGGAGCGGGCUAAGAGUAGAAUCGUGUCGCGGCUCGAGAGCGAUAGUCACGUCCCGGCGCCAGCCCAGCCCGACCCAGGCCCACCGUGGUGCACGCAAACCACCUCCCGGACAUGCGCUCCCUCCUGCUCCUCAGCGCCUUCUGCCUCCUGGCGGCGGCCCUGGCCGCCGAGGUGAAGAAACCUGCAGCCGCAGCAGCUCCUGGCACCGCGGAGAAGUUGAGCCCCAAGGCGGCCACGCUUGCCGAGCGCAGCGCCGGCCUGGCCUUCAGCUUGUACCAGGCCAUGGCCAAGGACCAGGCAGUGGAGAACAUCCUGGUGUCACCCGUGGUGGUGGCCUCGUCGCUGGGACUCGUGUCGCUGGGCGGCAAGGCGACCACGGCGUCGCAGGCCAAGGCAGUGCUGAGCGCCGAGCAGCUGCGCGACGAGGAGGUGCACGCCGGCCUGGGCGAGCUGCUGCGUUCACUUAGCAACUCCACGGCGCGCAACGUGACCUGGAAGCUGGGCAGCCGACUGUACGGACCCAGCUCAGUGAGCUUCGCUGAUGACUUCGUGCGCAGCAGCAAGCAGCACUACAACUGCGAGCACUCCAAGAUCAACUUCCGCGACAAGCGCAGCGCGCUGCAGUCCAUCAACGAGUGGGCCGCGCAGACCACCGACGGCAAGCUGCCCGAGGUCACCAAGGACGUGGAGCGCACGGACGGCGCCCUCCUCGUCAACGCCAUGUUCUUCAAGCCACACUGGGAUGAGAAAUUCCACCAUAAGAUGGUGGACAACCGUGGCUUCAUGGUAACUCGGUCCUAUACCGUGGGUGUCAUGAUGAUGCACCGGACAGGCCUCUACAACUACUAUGACGACGAGAAGGAAAAGCUGCAAAUUGUGGAGAUGCCCCUGGCCCACAAGCUCUCCAGCCUCAUCAUCCUCAUGCCCCAUCACGUGGAGCCUCUCGAGCGCCUUGAAAAGCUGCUAACGAAAGAGCAGCUGAAGAUCUGGAUGGGGAAGAUGCAGAAGAAGGCUGUUGCCAUCUCCUUGCCCAAGGGUGUGGUGGAGGUGACCCAUGACCUACAGAAACACCUGGCUGGGCUGGGCCUGACUGAGGCCAUUGACAAGAACAAGGCCGACUUGUCACGCAUGUCAGGCAAGAAGGACCUGUACCUGGCCAGCGUGUUCCACGCCACCGCCUUUGAGUUGGACACAGAUGGCAACCCCUUUGACCAGGACAUCUAUGGGCGCGAGGAGCUGCGCAGCCCCAAGCUGUUCUACGCCGACCACCCCUUCAUCUUCCUAGUGCGGGACACCCAAAGCGGCUCCCUGCUAUUCAUUGGGCGCCUGGUCCGGCCUAAGGGUGACAAGAUGCGAGACGAGUUGUAGGGCCUCAGGGUGCACACAGGAUGGCAGGAGGCAGCCAAAGGCUCCUGAGACACAUGGGUGCUAUUGGGGUUGGGGCGGAGGUGAGGUACCAGCCUUGGAUACUCCGUGGGGUGGGGGUGGAAAAACAGACCAGGGUUCCCGUGUGCCUGAGCGGACCUUCCCAGCUAGAAUUCACUCCACUUGGACAUGGGCCCCAGAUACCAUGAUGCUGAGCCCGGAAACUCCACAUCCUGUGGGACCUGGGCCAUAGUCAUCCUGCCUGCCCUCAAAGUCCCAGAUCAAGCCUGCCUCAAUCAGUAUUCAUAUUUAUAGCCAGGUACCUUCUCACCUGUGAGACCAAAUUGAGCUAGGGAGGUCAGCCAGCUCUCUUCUCCUGACACUAAAACACCUCAGCCGCCUCCCCAGCUCUAUCCCAACCUCUCCCAACUAUAAAACUAGGUGCUGCAGCCCCUGGGACCAGGCACCCCCAGAAUGACCUGGCCGCAGUGAGGCGGAUCGAGAAGGAGCUCCCAGGAGGGGCUUCUGGGCAGACUCUGGUCAAGAAGCAUCGUGUCUGGCGUUGUGGGGAUGAACUUUUUGUUUUGUUUCUUCCUUUUUUAGUUCUUCAAAGAUAGGGAGGGAAGGGGGAACAUGAGCCUUUGUUGCUAUCAAUCCAAGAACUUAUUUGUACAAUUUUUUUUUUCAAUAAAACUUUUCCAAUGAAA